GUUGAUACCAGCUCGUGCUUGAAGUCAUUUCUUGAAUUAGUUGAGGUUAUAAAUACAUUACUGAUUUCUGGUUUUUGAGGCCAGCAACAGUAAAACCUUUAUUAAAUACCAAUUUUAAUUAUGCAUUGAUAUUUUUCUUAUUUUCUGUUUUCCCGCAAUUCUUCAUUUCAGCGUCUUCUGUUGGAUGCUACUGUAGUUAGCCAUCGAACACCCAGAAAACCAUCUCCGCGAUUCCCGGUGGAUGCUUAUAACAUGGAGGUUUCAAGUAGACCUCAGGCCAGAAGCUAAAUAUACAUGAUCAACACUCACCAGAAACUAUCGGGGUAUCGCUGAAGCUAUAAAUGCUGAAGAUGUCCGCUCCCAAUGACCUGAAGUCCUCCUGUGUGCCGAGGAACGGCAUGGUGAAGCUGCCCCCUCAGCCCAAUGGCCUCGGCUCCGCCAGCAUCACCAAAGGGACUCCAGCCGCCAAGAACCGCCUGUGCCAGUCCUCCUCGGUGCCCACCAUCCUGCUCCCCCCGAGCCUGCCCUACCACAUGGAGCCCAUCCCCACGGCCGCCUCCCUGUUAGGGUCCGAUCUGGACGCCGGCUCCCCCACUUCCGACUUCCCCCCUCGCCAAAAGCUCUGCAAGCCCUCCCUGGAGAGGGAACUGGUGCUGGACGAGAAGGUGCUGAACAGGCUGCUGUGGUACUUCACCACUGCCGAAAAGUGCCUUCUGGCCCAGGUAUGCAAGACCUGGAGGAAGGUGCUGUACCAGCCCAAAUUCUGGGAUGGCGUGACGCCCAUUCUGCAUGCCAAGGAACUGUACGCCAUCCUGCCCAACGGAGAGAAGCAGUUUGUCAGCCUGCAGGCCUUCGCUCUGAGGGGAUUCCAUGCCUUCUGCCUGGUGGGUGUCUCUGACUUGGACAUUUGUGAGUUCAUCGACAACUAUCCCCUGUCCAAGAAGGGAGUGAAGUCUGUCAGUCUGAAAAGGUCCACCAUCACAGAUGCUGGAUUGGAGGUGAUGCUGGAGCAGAUGCAGGGCCUGAUGCACCUGGAGCUAUCGGGCUGUAACGACUUCACCGAGGCGGGGCUGUGGUCCAGCCUGAACGCGAGGCUCACCUCGCUGAGCGUCAGCGACUGCAUCAACGUGGCGGACGACGCCAUCGCCGCCAUCUCGCAGCUGCUGCCCAACCUGUCGGAGCUCAGCCUGCAGGCCUACCACGUGACCGACACAGCCAUGGCCUACUUCACCGCCAAGCAGGGCUACACCACCCACACGCUCCGCCUGCACUCCUGCUGGGAGAUCACCAACCACGGCGUGGUCAACAUGGUGCACAGCCUGCCCAACCUGACCGCCCUCAGCCUGUCCGGCUGCUCCAAGAUCACCGACGACGGCGUGGAGCUGGUGGCCGAGAACCUGCGCAAGCUGCGCAGCCUGGAUCUGUCCUGGUGCCCACGCAUCACAGACAUGGCGCUCGAGUACAUCGCCUGCGACCUGCACAAGCUGGAGGAGCUGGUGCUCGACCGGUGUGUGCGCAUCACGGACACAGGGUUGGGAUACCUCUCCACCAUGUCCUCCAUGCGCAGCCUCUACUUGAGGUGGUGCUGCCAGGUGCAGGACUUUGGCUUACAGCACCUUUUUGGAAUGAAGAGUUUGCGUCUUCUGUCUCUCGCAGGCUGCCCCCUGUUGACCACCACCGGACUGUCUGGCCUGAUUCAGCUUCAAGACCUUGAAGAGCUAGAACUGACCAACUGCCCAGGAGCCACCGCCGAACUCUUCAAGUAUUACUCUCAGCACUUGCCUCGUUGCAUGGUCAUCGAGUAGUGAGCGAACGACCGGGAGCACUGCAUCGUAACACUAAAACCUUCUCCUCCAGUCGACUUAAAAACAUAGAAAACCAACGCUGACCAAACCGAUACUGUCCUGAACCUGAAGGGGAGAGAGGAGGAGGUGUCACGGAUGAGGAAAAGUUGACAGGAGAAAGCGGGACGUUGCGAUGCACAGAUUAGAAGGCCGUGACUGACUGACCUGCGUGAAAAGGGAAAAGCUGAGACGAGAGAAGCCCCAGAGGAGAGGAGUCUUACUAAACCCAGACCAGAUUUAACAAACACACACACAUGCGCACACACACACUAACACGCGACGGUCCGCGGGACAGUGAAACUUAGCUUCGGUGUGACGUCAUUCUGUGUUUUUUCAGUCAUAUAAAAGUGUGUACAGGUUUCUCUGACAGGCCCCUGUUCAGGCAGCAGGUGUCCAGAGAAAGGGGCGGGUGAGGUCAGGGCAUAGGAGAAUGGCAGCGCCCAAUCUCUCGCAUUAUUCAAGAUGAUGGCUUUUUUUCCCCCCCUUGUCUGUGUCUUAAAAAUACAAAAAGCAAAAACAAAAAAAAACAAAAAAAACAGCUACUUAGAUCUUUUCGUCCAGGCUGCACGCUUACUCGCUUGUUGUCAUGCAUUUUUUCAUAUUAUUUUUCUAGAUAUUAUUUUUGAUUAACAGGAUAAAUAUAAAGCAUUUGUGGUAAGCAAUCAAGGUUGGGGUUUUGGGGAGGAAACAGAAUGCCUCCGCUGAUGGCGGUUGAUCGUUGAAGGAUCGGCGCGGUUUGGCGGCACCGGGGGUCGACUUUGACCUGAUGAAGCAGAUGAGAAGGGGGCAGAGUCAUCAGGGUGGAAGAGGAAGGGAAUGAGCGGGGAUUGGGGCCUGCCUUACUUUUCCCUCUUAUUUUUAGUCGUAAGGGACUCUACUGUGUAAAUGUUGAAUAACACGCCCGGCUUGGCCUUUACAAAUGAUACAGUUUUCAUAAAGUUUUUGAAGUCAUAUACUAUUAUUGGCUUGUGUGCAGGUUUGAGUCUUGACGCUAUUUCAGCUGAAGGUGAAUCCGCACUUUGUUUCUUUUGGGCUCUUUCGGCUGCCAGCGCUACCUGUUAUGGGAGCCGGGUAGGACAUUUUCAGGGGAAGAAACUGCACGUUGUAUUACUUAUUCGUGAUCUGGCCAAAUGUACAUAACACUACAUUAGCUGUGCUGCGGGCGGUGACUACUGCUUCAGUAGUGUGAGCACAUGCUGUCAGCCAUAUUCUUUAAGACCAUAUGCAAAAUACUAACACUGCAUUGUAUUGCAUUGUAAUAUAUAAUUAAUAACUUAUUUAAUGAUACAUUUACACAUAUAUACAGAUGUAUGUUGAUUGACGGGAGUGAACUAUGUAAAAUCCAUUCAGAAGAGUACGAGAAUAUGCUGUCCUUAUAGAAUAUUGAAGAGGUAAGGAUAAUGGAGGGAGGCCAGCGCAGGAGUCUGUGUGAUUAUAUGGCUCAAUGCCACUGCAGAUGUAAUGCGGUGCUGUGUCUCUACCCUGGCCCUGCUUCCCUGCUCCUGUUUGACUAGCAGAAGUCCUAUUGUACCUGCAGCUCUUCAGUUUAUUUUCACUCACACUUGACACGGUGCAGUUAAAAGUCCUCUCUAUUGCUUGACUGGUCAUCGGCAGGGGGCGUAAGCCACUUUAGAGAUCCACCUCAUCUCCCUGCCUUUUGUUUAUCUUUUUUUGCAGUGUCACCGGCGCGCGUUGUUUUCACUUCUCUCAGUCUCCUCUGUUCACACCUGACCUACGCCAACAGGCCCUGUUGCUGGAGGAAGUCGGUGGCAGAGGGAACACAGAAGCCUCUAGCUGAGUCCACUGUCGGUUUCUUCGCACAACUUGCUGAGCCGUUAGGUACAUACAUUAUUUUUUAUUAAAAUAAACUUCACAGUUCACAGUCCAAUUCACAGACUGGCGAAUGGGGAAAGGAGGCUGUGGGUUGUGAGCAAGGGCCUAAUUCUGGUGUCUGCACUCAAUAAUUAUCAGUGAUAUCUUAUGAAAGGGGUGCUACUGACCCCAUCAGCUUAAGGCCAGAGGCCUGUUAAACUUUUUGAUGGAUCAGGCAUGCAUCUUAGAACAAAUUACUGGUUUUGAAUUGCAUAUUUACCAGGUUGGUUUCUUGUUUCCGCUGGCUCAGUUUGUUUAUAAAAGCAGGCAUGUGUCAGGUCAGAAGGCUUUCAGAUGCUGGUAGAGAUCAGGUUGGCAAGAGCAGGGCUUGUGAGUGAAGGCAUGUUUAUUUGAGAGUGUUCAGGUUUCCGCUGUGGAAGGGUAGUAGCAUAAGAAAGGUGAGCAGUCUUUGGGCUCCGCUGAAUUGGCAGUGGAGCAGUUCAGACCUGGGAUCAGGGUACCAGCCCCACUCAGUCAACCUCUUCCUUAGUUUUCUUUUUGUUAUUUAUUUUUUGAUGGAUUAAGUCCUCCAGUUAUUUGCUUGUAUAUGAAUAUACAUAUUUAUUUAUUUAUUUAUUUAAUUAAUUUAUUUAUUUGCUAAUUUGUUCAUGAAGUCACUCAUUUAUUUCUGGAGGAGGUCUUGGGCUGAAGCAGGUCAUUGCUUUUUCGGUUGGCUGUAAGAUAAAAAUGGGACAGUGAGGAAUUGUCACUAUGCUUCUCAUCAAGCCAUUCUCUACUUGCUUGUACUCCAGCUUGGCCAUCUGUUGAACCAGUUGAACUGAUAUGCAGAAGCGGUUGUGUUUGCAAUCACUGCUCCGUACGAUAUUUGCAUUUUCUGAGCGGUGUCAUUGGUGACAGGCGAGCGAGGGAGGGAGUGCAAGAGAGUGUGUCAUUCGUUUGGCCGUUUGCCGUUUGCUACUGUCUGCUUGAACUGGCUUUUGUGACGUAGCUGAGGUUCAGUAGCGCCUGACUGAGUCUGUUUCACUCAUGGAUUUUUGGUACUUCUGUGUCUGGUGACAGUGUUGCGUUCUUGUGCAGUUACCAAUCCCCAAUUUUGGUAAAUUGGGUUGAUCAGUAGCACUACUGCUUUCUGUCAGAAUUGUCAGAAUUAGAAUGCCACUGGUGCCAAUGUGAGAUCCUGACCAGGCCAUGAUCAACUUUUUUCCAGUGGUUUUCGAGACAGUCAGACCUGGGCACUGGCAUGUUUUGCAGCAGAAGGCGUUUAGGUACACACAGCCACUCUGAGGAUCAUUUUUCGAAGUGGAUAAGGCUUGGCCGAGGCUCAUUAACUGGAAAUUAGAUGUCUUAUGUUUCUUUGCUUUUGACUUAACCCCCACCCUCCACAAAUUAUUUGCCUGUGUGCUAACAUUUAUUACAGAAAGACAUAGAUAUAAGGUAUACCUAUACAUAUAAAGAAAUGUAAAGAUUAUAUAUAAAUAAUGCUCAGAGGGGCCUCCAUACUGGCUGAAGGAUACUGUAUGAAGUCCAUAGUGGAAUUCUUUUGGUAUUUAUUUUGAAACCUUUUAUUUUCUUUGCAUUAUUUGGGUGUAUUACAAUUUGAUGAUGGUUGGUUUUUGACUGAUGAUUAAAAGCGAAAGGAAAUAAUGAUUGUGCCUGAUAUCCAGACUUAUAACCCUGCAUUUCCGCACGCAUUUGCCUACUAGUGAAUUGAGUCCAACAUAAAACUAAAAGAACAAACCAUAGUUCAUGCUGUUAUACAUUCAGCACUGCAGGGGGUUCACAGUAGAACAUUACUCCUCACUCAAAGCCUGUGAGUUCUUAAUGAUGUGUAUGUUAACUCAACCAAUUUGCAAACUAACCCAUAUGCACAUUAAUUUGUUGGGCAAACUAGUUUGGCUAUGUAAAGACCUGCAUGUAACCUUUGUUUCUAACAUUUGUCCAAUGGAAGACAUAUUGUCCAAAUUAGUGUUACAAUAGCAUUAGGAGACUUAAUUCAUUGUAUCAGUGGAAAGCACCUCAGCACUGAACUAGGCUGUGCAGGCAAAGCGCGAUGCUAUGUUACAGGAGUCCUGAUGAAAGAUGUCCAGUAUGCUCGUAAGUCUGGUCCCUUGUGGCCCACAAGGAGAGCAUCUGUUUCUCAGCAAAUCAAUGGCAGCAAGCAUAUUAUUAAUGUCCCUGCAGAACUGCUAUGUGCUUUAUAGACUGCUGACCAUAUCCCUGAAGCAUCUAUUGGGCGUUAACCCAGAUGUCACUAUCCAGUACAGGUAUGCGAUAAUUACAAUAUCUGCUCUUCACGUCUGUGGCAGUGCAGGUCCAAAGUGAAGAAUCUAAAAGCUUCUGAUCUUCAGGCUCGGUGUCUAAGCAGAAAGAAGUCUUGUAAUUCUCCCCUCAUAACGUCGUGUAAAAAUGGGUUUUAGAGUGAACAUAAAACUCGGAAGUCAAAUUCUCCAUAGUCUUGUCUACUCACCGUGCAGCAAGUACAAAAAUGUGAAACUCACCUGUGCUUAUUAUAACGAACUGGAAUCAAGGUAUUUUCAUCGGGAAUAAUGGUUUUCCUCAUAUAAAAACCUCUGUAAAAUUUUAUUAAUGCAGCUGUUAGAUUUUAUGAAUAAAUCAUAUAUCCAACAUGUAUUAUGUGACUGCAAUAGAUGGGGGAAAGUUCUGCGGCUGGAAGGAAUGCUUGGUCUAGAACACUGGUCUUUUAGGCUUAACAGCGAAGUCAACCAUCAAUGCCAAAUUCUGACUAUUACUCUAAUGUAUUCAUUUUGUUCUUUUCUCUGUUCUUUCAGUUGUGACAAAGAAGUCAUGAGCUUCAUUGAUUUCAUUUGUUUAGUUUCUGUAAAUAAUAUUGUGGUGAAAAUCUAUUUGACAACUUUUUAUUAAUUUCAUCUCAUGGCUGCAGUGCCUUGUCAGACAAGCGUUGUCGUUUUGAAAUGGUUUGGUUGCAGUUUGCACCGUUUUAGUAAAAGUAAAAAAAAAAAAUAAAAAAAAAUAGAAGUACUGAGUCUUUUAUUUCAAAACACUACUGCUUGCAUACUGUCCGUGUUUUGUUUGGUCAAUCAAAGCUAAGCACUGUACCCAUUCAAGUUUCUACAGCUACUGUGAUGUCCUGUCCUUGAAUGUUUCUGUUCAUUUAGUUUGGAGAAAUGUACAGUAAUAUUUACCUCAUGGGAACAACAUUGUAGAUUUGUGUACAGGUAGCUACAAUUUAUGAAUCCGUAUUAAUUGAGUAACUAUUGUUAAAUGAGGUCUUAUUGCUGUAAAAAGUGUCAAUAUUUCUUCCUUUCCACAGGACUGUUAUCCCUUUCAGUCCCAAGAGUGCCAUAUGACACUCUCGACAUUAUACCUUUUCAACCAAUCAAAAUGACUGCUAUAAUAUUGUUUUGAGCCCCUAUUAAAACCCUACUAAAUUCUCAA